AUGGCGUCGACAACAACAAGGCUUCCCCCUUGGUUACUGCUUUCAAAAGAAGAUAUCGUAAAAUCAAGCGAAUGGAAAGACUUGACCUCAGAACUUUUCGAUGCAGUACAACAGCAGCUCACGGAAAGCCAUGUUUCUUACUUUUCCGAUCUCACCGAUUCGGAGAAAAUCAUGUUUCUUGACCGUGCAGCAAAGCUCGUUCGCGAUGGGUCUUCCUACCGAAAUCUGACAGGAAAGGUUUCAAGAGUUCUUGAUCAAAAUCUUAACGAGGAAGUAACACAAAAAGUUGUCGAUCCAUCAAAUAAACAGACAAAGACAGAACUUCUUCUACAAGAGGCCUCCAGUGCAUCCAUUCAGUUGUUACAAAGAUGGCCAGCUUUGAGAACCAAACUGUUUGCUUGUUUAAACCGUCCUUUACCAAAAGACCUGCGAAAAGCAAUAUGGAAAAUGUUUCUAGCUAACCCGAUCGUUCGUCAAGAGUAUUUAGAAAAGGCUUUAAGAAACAAACAAGAGACAAUUUCCGCGCACGAUACAGCAAUAAGUCAGAAGUGUCAUGCUUUUCUUUCGUUAGAGUCAGCAUCACCACGAGAACUUGUAUCUCACCCCGCUGUGCUUGCUGUCAUGAAAUCGGCCCUAUCCUACCGACACGUUGUACUGAAACACACAUCAGCAAUGGCUGAUACAGACUAUUUGUUAGUAUUGCCUUUCCUGAAAGCGCUAGUUGCUGAUGACGGUGAUAAGCCAGUUGAUGCUGAGGAAAUUGCAGGCUUUAUUGAAGCCUACUUCACCUUUAUGGACCGUAGAUCCCCCUUAAUGAGAGAUUCUAGAUCCAAGGUAUUGACCUCAUGCUACUUAAUGUAAGACUUUGCAUAUAUUUUUGAUCCAGAAUUAAUAAUAAUAGUAAUAAUUAUAACAAUAAAUAAUGAUCAUUUAGAUUCAUUAACUGAGAGAGUAUGUUAAACAGAAAGUUUGAAGACAUAAUCCACAUAAUAAAAAAGCUCUUGUCCAUUAUACCCUUGCCAGCCAAAAGGUGAUAAAGGAUAAAAACAAUUUGUUGAGGGAUUUGUAUUCAUUAUGAAAGGUAUAACCUUGUGUAUCACAAGAGCUAUAUCAGGCUGUGAGACAUGCCAGGCAGAGUAUGUUAAUGGUGCCCCUGAAAAUCGGUCUUAAUUAACCAUAUCAGCUACAAUGAAACUUGGCCAUAAUAAUUAGUUGUUUAAUUCAUCAUUAUAUUCUGCUGCCUUUAGGAAUUCUUUUCAGCUCAAAAGCAAUAUGGAAACAAAAUGACUGCAGCUUUGGAUGCAAAAGAUAAACAGCUUCUUUCCUCUUUACAGAGACUACUUUUACCAGGUGCCGUACCCCUAGCUGCUUAAACUAUUAUACCAAAGCACUUAGGAUUUUAUGUAUACCCACCAUUAUGUAAUACAUUCAAAGCCAUAAAUCUGGAACCCAAAGAGCCUGCAUAAACUGUCCACCAGGUCUAUAAUAAGUGGGUGUCCUGUGAUGAAAGUCUAGACCAUCUGCAAAUUAAAAUUUGUCAAUAACUUGCCUUUAACGACAGUUUUUCAGUUUCUAGCUUUGUGCCAACAGUUUAAAAUACUUCAUUUGCUAAUUAAUGGUCAAUUUCUGUGUGUGCAGAUAAGACUGUUCCUUUAGGAGAAAGUUUGGCUGCUCUCCUACGUUCAUAUGCAAGAUGCGUGUUUGUUGGUGUGUAUGAUUUAACCUUGAUUAUGAAGAAAUGUUGAUUACUUGUAUAAUGUAAUUUGUACAGCUGUGUAAUACAACAAAAUACUUGUUACAUAGCCAAUAUAUUAGGGUAGGUCUUGAGCAUUCCUUCUUUCACCUCUCUGUAAAAAACCUAAACUGUUAGGGAACUUAUCACAUCAGUUAUUUGCAUUGUGUCACUAGAGUAUAAAUCCAAGACUAUUGACACUAUUACUACCAAAUUAAUAAGCAUUUCUGUGCUGGACAGAGAGCUUGACUUUUAAGCAUGAUAUAGUGGUGAGUAUCUAUAAAGAGAUCCAUUACUAUAAUUGAAAAUUAUUGUAAGGACACAACCAAGUAAAUCUCAUCUGGAAUGAUUCAAAUCUUUUCUUUUCUAACAUGGCAGGUUUUCUGUCUCUUGAUGUGGUGUGUUACAUUUGGGAUCAGUAUAUACUGAGUAUGAAGCUCCCUUCCUUUGACUGCAUUGCCACUUUCUCUACUGCCUUGCUUAUGCUGCUAAGAGAUCAAAUAUUAAAAUGCAGAAAUGUAAGUGCCAAUUAUUCCAUCGAUUGUGUAUGUAGAUUAAGGGAACCUGGGCAUAGUUAAAUAAAAUUAUAUUCUAAGCUAGAGCAGCACUUUAAGGAUAUUGGCAAGUUCUUAUUCUCUUAAAUAUUAAACACUUAAUUACUGGUCCCAAGGGAAACAGUUAAUUUUGUUUCCACCGAGUGAAACAUUGAGAUUCAAGGGAAACAAAAUUGACUGUUCCCGAGGGACCAGUCUUUAAGUGAUUUGUUAUUCAGCUGGAAAAUUUUGAGGCUGGAAAUUCAUUAACCCUCACUGUACUGGCAGCAAUUGGUCAACAUUCACAGGUCAUGAACAGCACACUGUUUACUGUUAUCCUCUAACGUCAUAAAUUGUACAGUGUUGCCUUCUCAGAGAUUUUGGCGGGAAACAGUUUCAUUGUUAGAUGUCAUGUGACCUUGUAGUAACCAAUGACAGCACGUGCUGUCGGGAAAAAAUUUCCAACUUUAACAAUACAACGUAUUUUGGACACUGAUGUCACCAAACAUUAUCCCAAUUCAACUUCUGUAAGGAAUGCAUUUGGAUCCUUAGAUGGGCAGGGCAAUUUAGCAGCCAAUCAACUCUUAAUGCCGUGCAGUUGUGCUCAAAGCAAGAGUUGAAACAAAAGGGAAUUUUCAAAAGGGGAAGGUUAUCCCAUCUCCUGAUGAAGAACACAACUUAAGCAUUUAAGGUUUGUUACUUAUAUGCAAGUCUUGUAGCUAGUGUUACAUUAUAAACAAUUCACAAUAUUUAUUAUAUAUAUAAUAAUAUUCGCCAUAUUCAUUUAUCUCUCUCAAGGCUAAAGAAGUUGAGGAAAUGUUACUCGCUGAGAGCAAAAAUUUGACAAUAAGAGAUUUUCAAACUGUGGUAAGUGAAUCAGUACUUCUUUUCAUGUGCUGUCGCGAUGGACCCAAUGAAAUCGGAAGCCUUAAAGAGCGUACAUUUCCCUUACUUGGCCUAUGCAACGGUGUUUUCAACGCUCAGUAUAUUUUUUGUAUCAUUUUGGAGUACUUUUUUUGUGAAAAUGGAAACACUGCUCAGUGUGUGUGCGCAUAUGUUACGCGUUUGCGCAGUUCGUUAAUGACAAAAAUAAAGUAGAUACCAUCAAAACAUAAUAAAUACUAUUUUCUGGCCUCCGCAGACUGAAUUGUAAAACUAAUAAGCGAUAAAAUCGAUCUAACUGGUCGGUGUAAACGCCGUUGCAUGGACACAAGGGAAUUGCUCGCUCUUGCUGAAACCAAUGAAAUGUCCCCAUCUGCUUGCCCGUAAAACAUAGUUGUUUUCGCCACAUUUUCAGCCAGUUACUAAUAAUUAAAAGAAAGAAAAUUGCAAUUUGCGUCCUUUUAGUUAGGGUUUGCUACUAGUCGUCUUACAGGCUAUUCUGCUUAAGUUACCAGGUUGAUUUUGUCUGAGGCGUUUGAUCUUUUUUUCGGAUUUUCUCAUCCCAUCCCCACAAAUUUUGUUUUUCCAUUAGGCUUAGGCCAAACGUCGAACUUUUCAUGGGACGAACUAAACUCUAAUUUGGUUUAAACCUAAAUUAAGUUAAGAUCGUCUGUUGGGUCAGACGUCGAACCUCGGACAGCUUCGGACGCGUCGAACCAGUCAACUGAAUCAGACCAAAAAGGUCCAAAAAGCAAUUUUAGCCUGCCAGUAAUAAAUUUUCUCCCCAAGGAGGCUAAAUGUACGUUAUCAUAAAAAUUUAUAAUGUAUUAGUUUAGUUCGUCGCGCGUGAAGACCAACGUCACGGAGACGAUCUGCAGACGUUCUGGCUGUCUGAAGCAGACGGAUAGAACGUGUUGGACGAUCCAAACUCAUUCAGACGAACUUAACUGAGCCCGACGUCGAACUUUUCAUGAACUUAUUAACUCACUUCGACGUUUUGCCUAGGGCUUCUUUUAAAACCUAUCAAAACUUGAGGGAAAUACCUGUGACUAACGUGAACUGCCGUAGCUCCAAGUAGACUCAUCUGGUUUUAAUCUUGCUCCUGACUGGAUUCUUUAGAUUGAUCGCCAUUUUAUGGAAGAUUGGAAAAGACAAAUCACCGAAGAAGUUCACGGUUCCGAAUUACCGCUGGUGGAUCCAGUGGCAAGUACGUCGUAUUCAAUUUGCCCCAUUUUGUCUUAUCUUGUUUUAAGAUUUUAAUCCUUGUGAUUUAUCCUCAAUUAACUCCCAUUUUGUUUCUUUUUGUAAUAGCGGUUGGUAGGUCGGCGGAGCCGUGGUCUAUGUGGUUUCGUGCAGAGCCUCCUAGCCGACAACGUGUCGAAGAUCGGCGGCAGACUCGCGAAGAACGAGAAGAAGAAAGAAGAAGGAAACUCGCAGAGCAGCGAAGAGAAGAAGCCCGGAAGAGAAGAGAAGAAGAAGAACAGAUGCGGCACCGAGAACAAGAGAUGAGACGGGAAUUUGAGACGGAGAAGAAACGGGAGAAGGGACAAUUAGUGGCACUGGAGAGAGAACUGGAACGUGAGCGUAAUGAACGAGCUUCAGUUGAGAAGGAAAAGGAUGACGAGAUAGUGCGACUGCAAGCCGAACUUGCAAGAUUGGGUGGGACAUCGGCCCCAUCUCCCAGGGGUAUGUCUUCAUCCGCUGCACCGUCGGUUAACACUCCGCAUCCUAGCGAGCCCAGCCCUGAACCCUCAAGAAGUUCACACCAAGAGGCGGAGGACCUGGUACGGUCGUUAAUUGGGGGAACACUUCGCAGCUUGGAUCUGGGUGAGAACUGGUACCUAGUAAUAUAAAUGAGUGUUUCUUAGUGUUCCUGAAACCAUUGUUGGUCGCUUUUGUGUCGUUGUGUUGUGGUGUUGGUAUUGUUCAGUGUCAAUCUUGUACCUCGAGUUUACCUCGAGUCUUCGUCCCUUACUGCGCAUGCUGGCUUGACGAGACGCUGUUUCCCGACCGCUGGUCAAGGGGAACGAAGACGCUGGGUACGAGGGUGGUUCAAUGUCUUUUCAAUCUUUUGUGUUACGUCAUUUGGUGAUCUCACCCACCCACAACACUAAAUACUCUUUAGAAACUAUUUGGAGUCUUUUGGUGUAAUUGAGGACAUUGAAAGCUUUUCUCAAUUAGGAAAUUAUCAGUUCUGUGCCCGACAAGUUUAGUUUUAGUUUUGCCAUUGAUCUUGGUCAGCUACUCAUCAAAGGAGGCUGAGCGCAGGGUGGGGUGGGUGGAAAUUCAAAUGCGUGUGAAACCCUGCUGUAUAUGCUGCCCUAGAUUGCUUUCCCCCUCUUCGUGUAUGCGUCCUGGUGUAUACCACUUUGAACUGGAUUGUAAGCUCUUACGAUGAAUUUGUUGCAGUGGCCCACGGCACUGAAGAACAACGGACAAAUCUUGACGUCGUUACAAGAGAAGCUUUGGAUAGAAAUUCUCUUCAGUACAGAGAAGCCGAGAGAGAGCUGUUUGGUCGGGAACUUGAAGCUGAAGAAUGGGACAGAAUGAAGGAAGAGGAACGGUCGGAGAAGACAAAUGAGCUCAUGAAGAGACUAAAAGACAAGAGAAAACUGCGAUUAAACGCGGCGGCGGUACAGUAAAUGUAGAGAAAAUACGGUCAAUGUUAAACGAAACCAGGAGCUUCCGCUCAACUAAUUAUCAAAAAUUCACAGCGAAACAUUUUUUUAGAAGCUUAAAUUUGAAUGAUAAACGAUAAGUUUCAUUACCUUCAAAUCUGAUUAGGCAAUGAAAUUAGAGGCAGAAAU